CUCACACACCCACUCCUAAAAAUAACUGCCGAGAAAAUGCAGAAGCCUCAACUCUCAUUGGUGGAUUCACUUCACAUUCACCUCCAGCUUCAAUCAUCACACCCACACUCUCUCUCCUUUUUUAUUCAUUCAUUUUUCUCCGCAGCUAAAUACAACUCAUACCCAAGAAUUAAGCCUAAUCCAUCUCCCAAAACAUGUUCAAUAUUAUCCUCUUUGGAUGGAGAAACGCCUCAAAAUGUAAGAAACUGAUAAAGAGAGUUCAGUGCCGCCUCAAACUGCUCAGGAGCAAGAGGAGUUGCAUUGUGAAGCAGCUGAGAAGAGAUGUUGCCGAGCUUCUCAAGCACGGCCAUCAUCAACUCGCCUUCGAAAGGGUGGAGCAGGUUGUGGUUGAUGAAAAUAUGGUUCAAGUGUAUGAUCUCCUGUACCAGUUUUGUGAAUUUGUGAUAAUUAAUCUUCCUUAUAUCCGAAAGCACAGGGAUUGCCCUAAUGACAUCAAUGAAGCAGCAUCAACACUGAUUUUCUCAUCAGCGAGAUUUGGGGAGCUUCCCGAGCUCCUCUCCAUCAGGAAGCUCUUCGCCAGCCGUUACGGUCAAAAAUUCGUCACCUCCGCACUCGAGCUACUUCCCGGGCACCUCGUCAGUACUGAGAUUAUAGAAAAUCUUGAAAUGAGAAGUGUGCCUGACGAUGUCAAGUACAAAUUCGUGGAUGAAAUUGCUGAAAGUUACACUAAGGAACAGCCUUUGUUUCUUGAAUACAAACCUCAAUUUCUCGAAAAUGAGAUGAAUGAUCAAAACCACGUCGUAGAGCUCGAGAUGGGAGAGGGAGACAUGAAGAUCAUGUACGAAGAUUUGUUGAAUGAAUCCAAGAAAUUUUGGAGAAAAUCAUGUUUUGGAAUGAGGAAAGAAGUCGAGUUAGGAAAUGAGAUGGAGACUAGUUCAGAAAUUUCAGUCAAAUUGGGUGAAGAAGUGAUCUAUCUUGAUGAUAUCGAGGAGUUCAUUCCACCCGUGAUCAAUGAUAGCAAUCUCCAAGAUCAGAGAUUAUUCGUGUUCAAAUCGUUUGGCGCGGAUGAAACAGAGUUGACAAAGUCGAUAAGGAAAAGGUCGAGGAAGAGAUCAAUCAUUCAAGGAAGCCUAACCCCAGCUUACAAUGAAUUUGCCUCAUAUUAUGGGGAGUCGGAAGGGUCAUCGCCCGAGGAAGAAUCAUUCAGUCAGUCUCCUGACGUCUACUCGCCUCAUCGCCACAUCCAUCCAAAGCUUCCGGAUUAUGAUGAGCUGGCGGCCAAGUUUAUGGAGCUGAAAAGAGCACAUCUUGAGAAGAGGUGAGCCAUCGAUUUGAGUUUCUUAAUUGCUUUACAAGUCUUUUUUUGUUAGUAUUUUAUUUUAUUUUAUUUGGUGGUAAUUGUCAUUUUUGGACCAGGUUUGUAUGAUUAUUCGAUUUAGAUUGUGUUUUUUUUUUUGAAUUGGUGUGACGAGAAUUAAUACUAUUUGGUAAUACAAAAUGUCUUCUUGCUAUAGUCAAAUGAAACACUGAAAGGCAUUUGUAGGAGUUGAUGACCUUUAGAUUUUAUAUAUCUCAUGCAUAUUUUCGAUUUUCGAACAUUUAAUAGGAGUACAUAAUUGUAGUUACGAUAUUUGUUAAGUUAUUACUCCUACUACACUAAAAAUUACUUCAUGAUUAAUUUCGUAAUUAUAGUGAAUAGUUGGUUAAUUACGUAACAAUUGACAGUGCUCACUUUGACCAUAAGAAGCCAUGGCCCCUCUAUUGUAUACUAAUAUGUGUACUAAAUUAUUAUUGUUCAUAUUAAAUAUUCAAGUUGAUCUUUUAUGGGCUUAUCAAGCUUGUUUGAUACUUUAAUUGAUCUACUUUUUAAACAAGAAAGGCAUAAAAGAUGCAAUUGAGUUAUGUGAGAAUAAAAUUCCAGUAAUUAAUAAUUACAAACGCCUUUUGAACAACAUAUGUGUGAUAUUCUUGGCCCAUUUAUUUUGUUAAAUUGGCUCAAAGCUCAUUAUCUUUUACUCCUUACCUUUGUGAGUUGUGCCGCCUAGGUUAGCUGCUCCAACGGGAUCAGAGUUUUCUGUCUUUUCUGUUCAAAUAUAUUUUAUUCUUUAAAUAGUUUGUGUUUCUUUCAUAUCAUCAGUCUUGCGGUUUAGAUCUAGUUUGAUUUGUAACUUUCAAUUGUAUUUUUUGUUAUAUGUCACUUAUAUUCGAUUGUAACGGUAUGUUAGUUGUGAGACUUGCCGUUUCAUUUAACUGUUGACAAAAAUAGUCUAUGUUAAGGCCAUCCGCAAAGGCGCCUAGCGCACCGCCUAGCCGAGCCCCGGCGCUAGGCGGUCCAUUGCAACCGCCCAGCGGAUUUCGGAAUUAAAAACCGCCCAGCGCUCGGCGAUGUGUGGGCGCUGGGCGAUCCGCUCGACGCCAUUGCAGGCUCCGGAUCGCCGAGCGCAU